AUGCCCCUUCCUGUUGGUGAUAUCUGUAGAAAAUUCAAUACCGUUGUGCAGAUACUGAUUCUGAUGACUACCAGCAUCGUCCUGUUCUCCUCUCCCUUCUGCCUUGUCUACUAUGUUUCUUUCUCAUACAAAUUAGAUUUCCUUGGAAUGCUUGUAAGUCCCGUGACUCUCGUGCUAGUUGCCUUGAUUUAUAAUGUCUCUCUUUUAGUCUACACGGCGUGUCUAUUCUUCUCUAGGACACGCGCUCCAGAGCUGGAGUCAGAUGCCUACAUGAACAAACGGUCGAAGAGUGACCUUGAGCGACAGCACCUCCUAGCCAAUGAGCACCCUCUAGGAGAUGUGGAUGUAGAUGAUCGGUAUACGAGAACAGCAAAGACUCACCUUGGCCCUCUUCAGAGCUUCUUUAUGAGGUACAUUAAAAGACAUAACAUCACGGCACUGGUCUUAUUCUUGCUUUCCUGGGUAUUCGCACUGGCUAUAGCUUGUUAUUAUUAUGCUCCUUUUAACCCAAUUAAAAUUAAGUCAAUCAAACCAUAUCAAACCCUCGCAUAUUCGAAUGCAUCAGAAUCCAUUCAAAUCACGUGGAACAAAGACAAGUCGCGGGAUAACAAGCUCCUGGUGUUCAAAGAAAACUGGAUGCCAACCCGGGACGACAUGGUGAACCCCUCUCUGUGGGAUGAGAUUGUCCCAUCUGUUAACAGCAAUCAGCGCUACGCAGUCUUUACUAAUUUGACACCGGGGCGAUGCUACUACUACUAUGUCCCAUCAUUUACGACAUCAGAUGAGCUUAAUAGCAUGUGCCUCCUCCCCACUGAUGCCCAGCCAACAAUAGCGAUUAUCGCUGAUAUGGAUUCCUCCCCGUACAUCAAUCGGCUGCUCAACGAGAGAUUGCAUAGUCUCAACCCAAAUCUGACAGUCCUCCUGGGCAACAUGGUGAAGUUUGGAACUCAGGAAUCUGAAUGGCUACUAUUUAUGCAAUCGCAGGGGGUGUUCAACUAUUUUCGAAAAAAUCCUGCUGUUGCACUUCCGGGUUUUAAAGAAUCUAAGGGGUCUGCCUUCUUUUCAAAUCGCCCCCGUUACUUCUAUUCCCUGGUGUUUUCUGACUCCCAAGUUCUUUCUCGACACAACAAUAACAGUAACAGCAGCAACAGCAAGGCCCACUAUAGCACAGAGGUAGCCAAGAGUACGCAACCCAUAUUGCAUCGACGCACACACUCAUACACCCCCAAGACCGUCAGUUCUAAGCCACAGCCAUAUUACACAGACGAUGAUAUGAAGUAUAUACCAGAGCAUCUGCGCGAAUACUAUCAUGAUGAGCAAGUGAUAUUGGAGCAACAGGAGACAGUGGGCGAGUACAAAUACUAUAUAACCGGUGAUAUGGCCCUCGUCCUCUUGGAUUCGAUGCAAGAAACCAAGCGUGCACACAAAUAUAAGGUCCGGCUUGGCUCAUUUUUGACGGUUGAGCAGGUCAAUUGGUUAGUUUCAAUCCUGGAGACCGAUGCUGUGAAACGGGUAUCACAUGUGGUCUUGUUUGUGCAGGCACCUCUUUAUAGCACAGCUGAAUUCAGCGGGGUAACACUGCUUGCAGAGUUACUCGAGCCGAUUAUUUGUACAUAUAGGAUCUCUGCUGUCUUUGCUGCAGAUUCACGUAUUUAUGAACUCUAUCAUGAUAGCAACACCUGUAGUACAUAUGGGGUCAACCACACCUUCCUUCACGUAACAGUUGGUAGCGGAGGCUCGCCGCCUGCGUCCAUGCUAUCCCUCUUUCUGGGGAAGCGGCGCUGGAAUGCACUGAGCUACUCUGCCAACUCCUCUGGAGAGGAUCCAGAGCCUGCCAACGGCCUGCGUACCAGGGUGUAUGCAAGGUCAGGGUUUACAUAUGCGACACUGGCUCUUACUACGGAUCAUGCAUUAGUGGUUACCGCGUACGAUAUCACCACAGGAAAAGAGGUCAGCAACUUUCAGCUAUCCGUGCAGAAGCGAUGA